AUGCCGCCUCCUAACUCGGCAUCAAACAGGACUCCUAACCUCCCAUCCAUUUCUCCUACAUCAAAUCACCCGCAAACCCCGCCUCUGGUGAACGACACCCCACACGACGAGAAUGUCAGCUUCAUACGAGCGCGCGCUUUUACCUCUAUACCAGUUUUAAGCGAAUAUCGCCAACGCCAUCGAAACCCAACAUCACAAGACAGACCGACAAUGAGUAGGUUUCGCGAGAAUAGGGGAGAUGCCGCCCGCAUCAGGCGCGGCUUAGACGAGCGCAUAGAUGAGCUCAGCCGUCAGCCACCUGUUGAGGUCAGCCGUCGCAUCCCCAUACCAGUCGAGGUCAACCGGCGCAUCCCCAUACGUCGCCAACGGGCCGAACCUGCCAAUAUGUCUAAUUUCGAGCGGACCGCGUGGGGAUAUAAUGAGGGCUUACGCCGAACUGAAGAUGAAAAUGACCGUAUUCAGCCAUUCUUCUAUGCCGUCUCGGAUCGCAACAGCCUGUCGGCACGACCACCGAGACAUAGGCCAAUUUCCCGUACAUCGUCGUCCGAGACGUUUGAAACGUCACAAGUUCCCACACUUUCUUAUGACAGUCCAGAAGACUCACCCGGCGAUCGACCCGGAGCCAGGUACCGAUCCUUGAACUCGGCCAAUCUGAUUUCUCGCGUCUCCACUGUGGAGGCCUUGCUACAGUCCGCCAGGCCACAACCCAGGUUAGCACGGACCCGUGCGCUGGAAAAUUACCUGAUGGAUCAGGACACGAACCUGCACACCGAAGAAUCCAAUGAAACUGAACGACCAGCGCCUGGUCCGUCUUCGCGGACAUACCGAUACCGACCCUCUACCAACACAACCCGUGAUGCUGAGCAUGGGUGGAGGAAUUUAUACUCUUCUGCCCACCUUGGAGACACACUUUUGAAUGACACACUCAAUUACCUUGAUCUUUUGCGUGAUGCAAAAACCAGCUAUGACCAACUCAGUGCAUUGGCUGAUACUGGAUUCAUGUCGUAUGAAGGCAUCGAGUGGGAAGAUGGAGAUUUUAUUACAUCAACACAAAACAUUGCCCCACCAGCAAUCUCUUCCUGGAUUCGAAACGGCAUGGUCUUUGUGGGCUGCCAACGAGCUGCGAAUUUAUGUUGUCCGGCCCAACCUCAGAGGAUACCAAAUCGGGAUCCUGUGAUUGUCAACGGUGGCAGUGAUGGUACCUGGGAGAGCACUCGGGAUAACACUCGUGUCAAUGUUCAAACAACUAGUGGACGUCGAUAUUUGGCCAACAAUACCCGCGACGAGAAUUGGCCGGUUAAGGUCACUAUUCAGACCAUUGAUUACACCGAAAUGACCCUUUGUGGUACAAUGGAGGCUUACAACAUACCCGAUAAAACCUCACCUACUCAUGACGCACAUAUCGUCACUUUCUUAGAAGGUGAAAUCAUCGACUUUAAUAAGCAUACACUUGAAACAAAGAAUUUCAAGGCCGACGUGAACGUCGAUAGCACAUAUUGGCGAGAGUUGCAACCGUUCAAGAAUAUGUCUGAUACGGAGAUCGCCAAAAAUCUUCUCAGUAAGAAGUGGCUCACUGAGGAACUGGCCAAAGGAUGGAUCCUGAUGCGAUGGAAGGAACGAUGCUUCAUCACCCCUACAGAUUCGCGCCAGGGUCUUACUAUCUCCGGGUUCUACUACAUUUCUCUCUGCCGGGAAACUGGCCAUAUUGAAGGCCUUUACUUUGAUCCUGGCAGCUCGCCAUACCAGCAACUAUCGUUAAAACCAGAGUCCAUGAAGUACACAUGCCCAGCAUAUGGUUUCCGUUAG